GCCGCCAGUGCAGCCACCGUUAUUUUUGCAGUGGUAAACAACAGUUUUUCGCGAAAACUAACCCACUGUUUUUCUCCAAAGACUGAAAAUGGGAAGAACAUAACCACCAUGUAGUUUCGUUGCAUCCUCUCCACCCAACUCGUGCAGUUUCUGUGAACUUUCAUAACCGUGAUAAAAAAUGAAAAGUUAGGUUAUGUUGCUUGAAUGUGAUUCUUCGAAGAACUAGUCUAUGCCGCAAUUUCUAGAAGCCGGGCUUCGCAUUUCACUCUUUCUUACAAUAAAAUGGUAAUAAAUCGGGGCGAAAUGAAAAGAAAACGUCGAGACGAAUGUCCGUCUCCAUUGUUGGACGAAAGCCCCAAAAGGACCAAAGUUCACGCACAGCGCAAAUUCGCGCAGGGCUCCAACGUAAACAGCCCUGUUAUAACCCCAGUCAAAGAAAUCGAAAAACAAGAAAUUGAUAUCAUGCCGGAACCAGUGGAACUUCUCCCCAUCAAGCGACCAAACACUGAAGAUUUCUUGACGUUUUUGUGUUUCCGCGGCACCCCAAUUCUACCCCCCAGUCUAAAUUUUUUCAACACGGCGUCGAUAGUCGACACGAACGGCCAAGUCCACGAAAUCAAAAGCGAGUCGCCGAAGAACGGCCCCAUUGACACCUCCGCGAUCGCCAAGUCGGGCUCGGGGUCCUCGGAGCGCCCCUUCAUAGCUUUCGGAGUCCGGAAACGCGCCGACCCUAUUGUGAUCAGUCGACAAAUGGACAAAAAGCGCAGACAUGCGUUAGCCCUCCAAGCGUUACGCCGCAAGUACCAAGAGCAACGAAUGGCGAAAAUUCGGGCCGUCACCAUCAGCAAAUUGUCGGAAAAAGUCACCAGUAAAACCCUAGUGAGGUCCAACUCGAUCACCAAAACUGAAACCAUCACGAAAAAGACGGCGCUUGCCAAAGCUAAGACUGUGGAGGUUGUUAGAGACGAUAAAAUGACGACGCGAUCGGUCAAGGCGGGGUUGAGGCCCCAGAUUAAGCAGAAGAUGUGUCUGAGGAGCUUUAGAGGGAGGUUUGUGCAGAAGGAGCUGCAGUUCAGGAACGUGAAGAAGCGGCCGCCGCCGCCGGUGAAGAAGUUGAAGGCGGCGGGAUUGGCGGGGACUAGUGUGAAGAAGGUGGAGGAAAAGAAGAGCGAUGGGUCGGAUUAUUCUUCGGAUGACGAGAAGCCGCUGAAGACGUCUGAGGUGCGGCGGCUGCCAAAGGUGGUGGUGCCCAAGAUUGCGAAGAAGUCGGCGCCGGGGCCCAAAAAGCCCAUGGAAAUAAAUUUCAGAAUCACCCGCUCGAACAAAUUCCUCUCCACCAAAAUCGUCUCCCGACGACAACAAAUCAAACAACGCAUGCUGCUAACAACCCCAAAAACCAUCAUAAAACCCCGAACCCUGCGAUCCCAGACGGCCCAAAAGGCCCGAAUUUUGCCCGACACAAAACCAAAAAUUUUGCCCAAAAGCAAAAAAGAACCAGAACCUCCGGCAAAAGAAACAAAAAAGCGAGAACCAACCCCGCCCGUCAAAAAGGUCACCCGGAGCACCGACAGCCCGAAACCCGAACCCAAAGAAAGCGCGAAAAAGGACGAACCCAACGGCAAAAAAGAACCGAAAACCGCCGACAACCCGAAAAAAAUCGUCAACAAGCCCGUCGACGCCUUAAAAAAGGCGGCUUCGCCGCCCCCCAUUAAAACCAAACCGGAGAAACCGCCAGUCCCGAAAAAGGAGCCAGAACCCGUGAAAAAAGCGAAAGUCGUGGUGAAACAAACCCCGGAAAGUGUGAAAGUCGAAACGAAGAAAGAGGUUUUGGCGAAGAAAAAACCGACGGUGAUUUUGCGGAAAGCCGUCCCCAAGCCGGCGGAAAAGAAAGAAACGGUGAAGAAGGUAGAAGACGUGGAUAAAAAAGCCGAAGUGGUGAAAGUUGAGAAGGAGAGCGUGGAAUUGCGGACCUCGCAGCGACCCACUCGCAAAACUAAAGAAGCUGCGGCUAUUUACAUGGAGAUUUUGAGUCACAAACUAGUCAAUGAGGGUAAAGCGGACGACGAUAACGUGUCGAUUGAUAGUUUCCCGGAGCUACCGAACGUGAAGAAAACGGAACAAAGAGAGAACGAACUGAAGGCGAAAGCAAAAACUGCGAAGACGUCGGAGAGCGAAAGUGGAGAGACGAAGAAACCCACUAAGCCACCAAAGGAAAAAGAUAAAGAAAAGGAGAGUGACGCGGUAGAAAGUAAGGUUCUGCGAUCAAGCGACAAGAAAAAAGUGCCCCAGAAAGCGGAGGAGAAAAAGACUGCGAAGAUCGAAAACCCGAAGAAAGAGACAGUGGAAGAGGAAAAGGACGUGAAGAAGAGUGUCAAAGAGGAAUUGUGUGAAAGAAAGACGCGCUCGGCCAACGUUGACAAAAACCCAGACAAAGUACCAUCCCCUGUGGAAAAAAUCAAAGAAGUGGAACUCAAAGUGCACAUCAACGCCAUCGACGUGGAAACAGAAAGCAAGAAACUCAAGGUGGAAAAAACGGAAUGCAAAGAACCGCCAGCCAAAAAGAAGUGUCCCGAAACCAACGAUUCCGAGGUCCCCUCUGACUUAAAAAAAAAGAAGUCGAACGACAAAGAUAAAGAUAAAGUCGAAGUGGAAAGUACGAAAAGGGUGACGAGGAACUCUUCACAGAACAUCCGACAUACGGAAAGCGACGAUUCGGACGAGUCCUUCCACGCCGAUAUUCGAAUACCGAGGAAAAAACAACUAACGAGAAGUAAAGUCAAAUGUGAGAGCGAAAACGAAGACUCGCAGAAGUCCAAAACCUCGGUGAGAACGAACGCGAAAACUUACAAAGAAUAUAGUUCGAGUGAGUCGGAUCAGUCGACCACUUCUGAUGUUAACGUGAAACCGGUGAAGCCUUCGAAGAACAAGAAAUUUACGAAAACGAGGGGGCAGCAGAAGGACGAUCAAGGGUUUAGUGAUUCGGAUGAAGAACCUCUGUCGAAACUCACUCUAAACAAAAACCCGUUGAAAGAAACGAAAGAGAAAGAAGCACCUAAGGAAGUAUCGUCAAACGAAAAAAAGAAACUUGACCCUGACACAAAAGACAAAGAAAAACCGCCUAAACACGAAGAGAAAGAAGUCUUCGUUAAGCCGAAGCGCGAAUGUGCGAAACGACCUCAGAACUAUUUACCGAUGUUCUCGUCUUCCGACGAAGACGAGAGCUACUUUCACGGUUUCCAACUCAAGUCGGACCCUAAACCCAGAAACGCGAAAACCGAGAGUUGUUCCCACCUCCCGACCACGUCAGACUUGUCGUGUAAAGACAUAGGCCGACGAUUUGGCAAAGGCAAAGUAAAUAUGUCAACAGAGCAAAUCGAAAAGUGGCUCAAAGACUCCGCCAUGGCUGGUAAUAGCGUAAAGAACGAAAACGACGCGAUGCUCAAAUUCGGGGAGAAGAUACCAACCGAAACGUCGCACAGUGUUGCCGGUUCGAUCGACACCGAGAAACUCAAAACCUUACUAAUUACGACUGCAGACAAACCCGAGACUAAAGAAACCAAAAAAGAGGCACUAAAAGUCGAGAAGGACAAAGACAGCGAUAAACAAAUCCCCCUGAAGAUGCCAACCCCACCGACUGACCGAAAGUUGAUCUUUCGCCACAAAGACAAAAGUGGCGCGAUUAACGUGAACGCGUUCUCUGCGAGCAACGAGAAUAGCGUCUAUGCGUUCGGCGAAGAAACUGAAGAUGUGAUGAAGACGCCAUUCAGGAGACCGGUGCGGAGGCCUUCGAGUACGGCUACUUCGAAAUCGGAAGAUGAGAAGUUCGAAGAAGUCGCUAAACCUGCGCAGUUUAGAAAGCCGCCACUCAUGAAACAAGACUCGAAUAAGUCGAAAGAGUCCGAAAGCGAAGAGAAGCCACAAAGCAGCAACGAAGAAACCACGUUCUAUCCACCCCAACCGGCUCCCAAACUCGUCGUUAGUCAAAAAAUCGACAAAAAACCUCUACCACCGGCAAGCAAGUGCAAACAACGCCUCGAUGUCUCUGACGACCCGAAAUACAAAGUCCCUAGCUCCCCUAGCGCUAGCUCUUCAUCCAGCGCCAAAUUAUACAAGCGACAAACCUCUAAAUUCAGAGCCACGGAAGUCCUACCUGUCAAGCUUCCGGAUUUCCCGCUAGGUGGCUGCGGGCAGCUAGUGGAAGCCCCGACGUUCCACCCGAACGAGAAAGAAUUCCAGGACCCGAUAGAGUACAUAGAGAAGAUCCGACCCAAAGCCGAGCAGUUCGGGAUUUGUCGCAUAAUCCCGCCGAGUACUUUCAAGCCCGAGUGUAAAGUCACCGACGACAUGAGGUUUACGGCUUACAACCAGUACGUUCACAAGAUGCUGCACCGUUGGGGGCCCAAUUUCAAGGAGUUGAUGGCCAUCAAGAAGUACCUGUCGACGCAGAAUAUCAGUUUGACGCACCCGCCGUGGAUCGGAGGGAUGGAGAUCGAUUUGCCGCGGUUGUACCAGACGGUGCAGUCGUUGGGCGGGCUCAAGGAGGUUAUUGAGAAGAAGAAGUGGCCGAAGGUGUCCGACGCGAUGAAGAUACCGAAGUCGGCGCAGGAUAGGGUGACGAAGUUGGAUGAUAUUUAUUGUAAAUAUUUGCUGCCGUAUGACACACUGUCGCCAGCCGAAAGGGAAAAACUCUUCGACGAAGUCGAAACCGAUUGGGCAAAACGCGAAUCUAAAUCCCUGCUCAAAGCUCAACAAAACGUCGACGAAAACAGCACGGAAAUGGAGUCGGAGUCGGACGACGAAGCCGAAGAGUGCAUAGUGAAGGGUCGGAGCAUGGCGUUGAACGCCUUUUAUAGAAUAGCUCGAAACACGAUGAGCAUGUGGUUCAAAAACCCCGAACCGUUGGCCGAGGAGGUGGAACUGGAGUUCUGGAAGCACGUCACCCUCAAACAAAACCACAUAUGCGUCCACUCCGGGUCCAUAGACUCCGGCAACUGGGGCUACGGCUUCGCCGUGAGCAAAAACAGCCCUUUCGCCCGCCACUCCUGGAACCUCAAGGUCUUAACCAACAACAGCGGCUCGGUCCUGCGGGCUAUGGGUCCCGUCAUGGGCGUAACCGUCCCCACGUUGCACGUGGGGAUGGUGUUCAGUUCGUGCUGCUGGUACCGGGACCCGCACAGCCUACCAUGGAUCGAGUACCUGCACACCGGGGGGAACAAGAUCUGGUACGGCGUCCCUAAUUCCACGGGGACGGCCUUCCACGCGGCUCUUAAGUCGCUGGUGCCCAAUUAUUGCCGAAAUAAGAGUCUCUGGCUACCGUCGGACACGGUCAUGGUGCCACCGAACCUGCUCAUAGACAACGGGGUGUCGCUGUGCAGGAUAGUGCAAGAGCCGGGGCAGUUCAUCGUGGUUUUUCCGAAAGUAUUCACCUCGAGCUUAAGUACAGGUUACGUCGUGUCCGAGAGCGUGUACUUCGCGCCUCCUUAUUGGUUGAAAACCGGCCGGACCGUGUUCGACGAGUUGAGGAACAGCUGCGAACCAUCGAUGUUCUCUUUCGACAGGCUUUUGUUGAGUAUAGUCAAUGAUGCUAGGUCAAACGUGGAAGUGUUAAGGCAAAUCAUACCUGCUGUGCAAGAACUCUGUGAUAAAGAAAAGGCGGCGAGAGAUAAAAUUAAGAGUUUGGGAGUGAGUGCGACGGAGAAGUUGCCCCUGCCGGAAACGCCGCAAGUCAGAAAGAAAAAGAAGCUGCAUAGUGACGACGGGGAGUACGAGUGUGAAGUUUGUAACGCGAAUCUGUUUGUGUCGAUGGUGAGUGAAUCUCAAGACGAUGUGGUGUAUUGUUUGGACCAUGCGGCUGAACAAAUAGAGAAGAAGAAAAUACAAAGCAAACACUGCAAACUGAUGUAUACUUAUGAUGACGCGGAUUUGGAUGGGUUGGUGGAGAGGAUUAGGGCGGCGAUUACGAAUAAAAUGCAGAAGAAAAUACCUAACAAAUUUGCAGGGAUGCCAACUCUUCUGGCUAAACAAUAAAAAAAAACAGAAAGAAAAGUGUGCAAAGUUUAUUUUACAGUAGGUGUAUUUUUCUAGGUUAAUAUUUAUUUUAAAUUUACACAUUUUAUAAGUGUGACUUUUAUUACUAUUUUAUUUUAUCAAUACAGGUUUUAUUUACA